GCCCUACGUGUGUCCGGUGUGCAACGCGGGCUUCCGAUUGGUCAAAGAGCUCGUCUCGCACUCGUUUGAGCAACACCAAGUGCACGCCUACGACAUGUCGCGCAAACGAAUCACCACCAAAGAUUAGGAAUACUUGGACGAUGGCAAUGCAACACGUGCUGGGAAUUUUUCUACACCCGCGACAUUCUGGUCGCGCAUCGAAAAAAGGAGCACCGCCAAGAAAAGCGGCAGCCACUCACGGCCAUGUGCGAAAUCUGCUCGAAAACGUUCAAACACCGGUCGGCGCUACGCGUGCACUACCGGCUGCACCUCGGCUCGGAGCGCGUGUACAAGUGCGACUUCUGCGGCAUCACGUUUGUCUUCAAACACCUCAUCUCGAACCACAUGCACGUCCACCUGGACGCCAAGGAGCAGCAGUGCCACUUCUGCGCCAAGACGUUCAACCACCCGUCCAGUCUGCGGCGCCACGUGCGCGAGCACCACCUCAACAAACGGCCCGAGAAGAAGCACGUGUGCCACCUGUGUCCGAAAAGGUUCACCGACCUGCUGCCCCUGCAGAGGCACAUUCGCACGCACACUGGCGAAAAACCGUACGCGUGCGACCUGUGCGACUGGCGAUUUUCGCGCGACGACAAAUUGCGCGAGCACAAACUGAAGCACCACAAUGUCAUGCCCCAGCGCUGCUCCAUGUGCGGGGCUGGUUUCCGACUUGUUAAGGAACUCGUCGCCCACUCCUUUGAGGUGCACAAGGCUCAUUUAUACGAUUUGUCAAGGGCCAAACAACGACUGGUCGUCCGACCGUGAAUUCCGCACUGAACUUAUUAUGUUGAUUAUCAAGACGUGUAGAAAUAACCAGAGAUUUUUAUUUUGAUUGUCUGAAUUAUGCUCUCUUGUAAUAAAAAUAAUUUUAUUUCUUUUCA